GUGACAACCGGAAAUGAGUUUUUUCACUGUUUUCCGCUAAACGGCGGAAAGAUGGCGAUGCCCAUGAGGAGGACGCUGGUGGCCCUUCACAGAGCAACAUGCCGCAGGUUGACGAACGCCGAGGUGUCUCUGGAUGUGCGGCACCCUGGUCCACUUUUCCUGCCGGUCCGGACCAAGAAGCGGUACUUUAUCCCUCCAGCAGUUGGCAUGAAGACGAAGAUGGAGGGAUUCACCGAGGCCAAGGCCCGAGCAGCAGGCAUUGUUGGCAAACAGGAGAACAUUGAGAGGCCCAUCAACAUCUCCUGCACCGCGGGCGUGUUCGACCCCUACGUCCCCCCAGAGGGUGACGCUCGUCUCUCCACUCUGUCUAAAGAAGGCCUGAAACAACGAGCUGAACAGAUACGACAGAGCGCUACCUCUCAGCUGGCGAUUCGUAAAAUCAAAGAGCACGACUCUCUGUUCAAAACCAGGGAUUUUGCAGAGCGAGCUCAAGAGAUCUUUGUUGAAGCUCACAACGCUCUGACACAGUUUAACAAGGAGAAGCUUCACUCCUUGGUAACAGAAAGAUGUUACCCGGAGAUGACGAGGGGGAACCGCUACAAGACCAUCCGCUGGAGUUUCAUCGAGUCCCUGGAGCCGCCCAGAGUGGUCCACGCCCGCUGCACCGACAUGGUCGCCAAAGGCAACGUGUACGGCCAGGUGACAGUCCGCAUGCACUCCAGACAGACUCUGGCCAUCUACGACCGCUUCGGGAGGCUGAUGCUGGGCAGCGAGGAGCAGCCGAAGGACGUCUUGGAGUACCUGGUUAUAGAGCGACACCUCGUCAACCCUUAUGGCCGAUGGAGGUUACACGGAAAAAUAGUGCCGUCCUGGGCUCCCGCCAAAGAUCCAAUUAUUAAGACCGUCAUGAUUCUCGGUCCGAAGCUGAGGCCCGGAGAAGAGUUCGAUGCCCUCAACCAUGAAGUUCCCAAACCAGCGGCAGUUCAGUGGUAUAAAUAGGCCACCAGAUGGCGCUGCUCUUUCCAUGAAAACCGCAGUAGGACAUUAUCACCAGCCAUGAGCCAAAUGCUGUUUAAAAUUUGGCUGUGGAUGGUUAGUUUGUCCACCUUGGCAGGAAACCAGGCUUCCUCUGGAGCCUCUUUUUCUGUUUGAAAAAGGCUUUUGGCCGUUCAGACGGUGGAAGCAGCAGGUGAGUUUUAGGAUGAACAAACCACCGUGUCCCGAAGCCAAUAAAGCUGCUUCUUACUCUACAGAAAAAAAUCAUCACACUCAACAUGGAAUAAUAACAACAGCCCUUUUCGUGACUUCAACUCAGUUUAGUUUCACACAUUUUUUAUGUUUUCUUCAUGAGACUAAUUUAAUGUGUACAUGUAAAAAAUAAAAUGUACAGAUCUCCAGAAAUUGUACGGUUUAUUUCUGUGAUGAAUAUACUGCAUGUCGACCUCGGGAAUUACAAAAAUAAAGUGUCCCAUCUGCUUCUCUCCA